AUGAGAAUAGUAUGUGUGGUGAUUUUCUUUUUAACUUUAUAUCAAAGUACAUUAGGUAAGCCCAUCAUUUGUAAUGAGAACUCACCAGUUCAAUAUUUUAGAAUCCCAAAACUACACAAAUGUAAUUAUCAUAGAAUCCUUAACUCAAAAUCAGAACCAGUUCAAUAUGAAGUUUUCAAGCCAAACAUUAUUGAAUACAUUUCAGAUGCUAAACUUUGUAAAAAAUUAGUCAGUGAGGUUUCAAUGUACACAGACUUUUCUGGAUAUGAACAUACAGUAGAAAAAGAAUUGAACAACUAUCCCAUCACCCUAGCUGAAUGUAGAGAAAUGAUUAAUAGUAAGAAAUGUGGAUACGGAACUUUAUCAAAAGGUAGUUCUAACGUUUGGAGUACAAACAAUAAAAUUGAAGUUGAUUACCCAAAUAGAUUCACAAGCUUCUUCUCUCCCAAAAGAUUCUACAAAGAAAAUUGUAUAGUUAUUGAGACGAAAGUUUAUUCACAUUUCAAUCAAUCUAAGCCAACCAAUAUUCUGGCAGAUAUGAAUAAUUGCAAGUAUCAAGACGGUUUCUGUGAGAUCAAGAAAAAUGAAAUUAUAACAUGGGAUGUUAACAGAGAUCAGAAAUGUCAAUUUAUCUCUAUUGGAAUACUUGAUGGGAUGUACAAUAACAAACUUUGGGUUAACAAUAAGAACCAAAUUGCGUUAAACUUCCAAACAAACAAAACUGUAAAUGAUUGUAACGUAGACCUAAUGAUUAGUGAUGAGGGUUUUGCUGUAAAAAGAAUACAAAGAUCACAAUAUUCUCCAAGACAAAUUCCUGUUCCAGUUCCACCAAAUCAUCAAAGACCACACCUGGAAGAUGACAGAAGAAAGCGUGAACAAGAAGAACAAAAAAGAAAACGUGAGCAAGAAGAUAAUAGAAGACGUGAAGAAGAUAUUAGGAAACGUGAAGAACAAUCAAGACGUGAUCAAGAAGAUGCUAGAAGACGCGAUCAAGAAAGGCAAAAACAGAAUGAAGCUGAUUUCGAAAAAAGGAAACAAGAAAAACUAAAGAAGGAGGAAGAGUUCGAGAAAAAGAAACAAGAAAAAGAAAAGAAAGAACUCAUGAAACAGCGAAAGGAUGAGGAUUGGACAGUUCAUGAUGAACCUCCAAAGAGUGGAGACAAAAAAGCUAACAGAACUAAAAGAGAAAUCUUCCAACCACUACCACUACCAAACUAUGACGAAUAUUUGAAAAUCAAACAAGACUGCGACAACUUACCGCCCUAUGAGGCAUUCAAGAAUAGCAGAGAAGGAUGUGAUUCGCUAACAACUUAUACAGAUUUUAUAAACAACAUUGCAAACUAUGAAAAAGAACAACACUUAAAUUUAUCAGCAGAAGAAACAUGGCAACCUCUUCCAUUCCCGGGAUAUGAAGAAUAUUUGAGUAUUAAAGAAGAUUGUGCUAUUCUACCAAGUCACGAUGAAUAUAAAACAAUUAGAGAAGCGUGUGAUGCAUUCCCAAGUUACACAGAAUUUAUAAAGAGGAUAGCAAAUUAUGAACUGUUUCAAACAGGAAAGCAAAGAAGGAAAAGAGAGCUAUACUCAGAUUUUCAAGCAGCAGGAGAAUUCCAAUAUCUAGAGAACCAAUCAAACAAUCUACUGAGACAUACUACAGAAGUAAUGUGUGAUAUUUUCAACGAGCAAAAUGAAGUUCUUGAAAGUCUUAUUAGAGAAAAUCCAAGAAGAUACAUCCAAAAACAAUUGAAUCAUACAGCCGUCAAAGUCAGAUUUAUCGAUGUUGCAGAAAUUGUACAAGUUACAUUCUGUAAAGAAAUUGAUGAAGAAGAGAUUGACUUUAUAGACGUUACUCAUUUUGAUGGACAUAAGCUAAGCAUUGCACUUACACUAGGACAAAUACCAAUCAAGAUAAAAAGUCUUGGAGAUAAAAUUUGGUAUUACAAAAAUGAUUAUUCAGGAGGAGUCAUAUCAAGCAAACCACAGCUUCAUCCUAUGAUUGAUUAUAGAAGUAACAUCACUAACAUGAAAAGUUUCAAAGAGUUUGAUUUAAAAUUCUUAGAUGACAAAGUAGUAUUCCAUGAGCACAUUCUAUUAGAUUUGAAGACAAAUAUUGAAGAAGAACUCAUUGAAGAAAUGAGAGAAAAGUCUGAUGUUUCAAUUGAAGCUCAUGCUAGUAAUCAAGAUUCUACUUUACCUCAUGAAAUAUUAGACGAUGUAGAAGGAUUCUUUGGAAAAUGUGGCUUAGAAUUUGGAGAGUUGGUGUUACUUUGCCAGCAAUCUAGAUCAUUUUGGAUGAUACUUUCCCCAAAAACUUUCAUUGAUAGAAAAAAUAGAAAAAGAAGAAGAGAAUAUGAGGCUGUAGAGUUGAGAGAAAUGGUGCAUCGACCGUCUAUACAAUCUCUAACAGUUGAUUAA